AUGGAGCCAACAUCCCGGCCCCUCAAGAGGCCACAGCCCUCCGAUGUCCAGCAUCCUGCAGAGCUGCAGGAGGAGCAGACAGGACCCACCUGUGUACCUCCUCAGCCCAUCACAGAGCAUCAGGUCUCUGAGGAGGAAGUGUGCAGGCUGUGCCGGCGAGCAGACUGUGAGCCUGAAGUCGUUGGAGAGCUGUGCCACCAGGAUGGGCUGUCUGUCCACGAGAACUGCCUGUACCACGCCAGGAGGCUGAUUCAGAGAGGAGCCGAUGAAGAGGGAUUUUAUGGUUUCCUCUUCCCUGACAUCCUACAGGAGCUGGAGCGGGUGGCAAAAAAGAGGUGCUGCAUCUGCCGGCUGUGGGGAGCCUCGGUCACCUGCCAGGCUCGGCGCUGCUACCGAAACUUCCACCUCCCCUGCGGCAGCGAGCGCGGCUGCAUCUUCCAGUAUUUUGGGGAGUACAAGUCCUUCUGCUGGAAGCACCGCUCUGGGGGGAUGAAUGGGACCCCCCCACUGCUGGUGCUGAUGGCAGCUCUGUCCCAGGGCCAGGCGCUGUGCUCUGCCCUGCACUACUUCCGCUGCCCGCUCUGCCGGGACAUGGACACCUUCAGGAAAGAGAUGUUCCGCCUUGGUAUCAAAAUCCCUGACAGACCCUGGAGACUUCUCCUCUGUAGUUCCUGUGGGGCCAGUGGAACCCACCAGCAUUGUUCCAACUUGAGGGAGUCCAGCUGGGAGUGCAACGACUGCAGCAGCACAGGCACUGUGCCCACCAGUGCAGCCGACACAGGCUGCAGCCCCAUGGCAUAG